UCCGGUGGACGGAGGAGACCCAGAGCCAAUCGGCAGCAGCUGCCUCACCUCAACAGGCACUGCUAGACCCCACCCCACGCUUCGGCCCUGAGCAGCGCCGCCGCCUCUGGAGGACCAAAUUCGAGCCAGAGAGAGGCGGGGCUCCGUUGAAACCCCGAACUCCGUCCGUAGUCCGUCCAGGCCCUCUACUCUCACCUGCGUCGCGAAGCAUGGCUCUCCUCUCUGCCCGCUCGUCGCCGCGCGCUCUUCCCUUUCCGCUCAGCCCUCCGCCGACAGCCGCCCUGCUCCCCAGUAUCUGAACGCAAAGCCUUCCCCGUUCCCUUGUUGUGCCGUAUUGCGUGGGAUAUUCCCCACCCCACCCCUCCCGUCCCCUCCUGUGGUGGCCUCGCCACCCUGAUCAUGUCUACGCGUCCAUCCCUGCUGCUCAGGCUUCCUGCUGUCCUGAGGCCCCUUCCUUGCCUGCUCCGGCUGUCUUAACAGCUGGUUUGGUUUAGUAACGAGUCCGUGGGCGGCUUUUGCCACCUCCUGGCUGGGAAGCGCCCGCCGCCGCUAGUAGCAACUGGGGUUAGGGAGGGGUUGCCCCUGCCCGGGAAGAGGAGGAUGUCUCUCUUCAAGAAGGCGCUGCGAGUCUCCAAUCGCUCCAUUUUCGUCUUCAUCUUCUUCUUUUCCUUCUCCUCCUCCUGCCUCUAUUUCAUAUAUGUGGCUCCUGGAAUAGCAAACACGUAUUUAUUUAUGGUACAAGCACGAGGUAUAAUGCUGAAAGAAAAUGUAAAAACAAUAGGACAUAUGAUCAGGUUGUACACUAACAAAAAUGCUACAUUAAAUGGCACAGAUUACCCAGAAAGCAACAAUACAAGUGAUAACCUUGCUCAAACUGUGAUGUAUCUUCCAGAAAAUUUCACUUAUUCUCCUUGCCAACCUUGUCCAGAAAAGUUGCCUUACAUGAGAGGCUUUAUCAAUGCCAAUAUGAGUGAAAUUAGUUUGGAAGAAAUUCAGGAGGUGUUUUCAAAAGAUUUAGACAUUGAGCCAGGUGGUCAUUGGAAGCCAAAAGACUGCAAACCACGGUGGAAGGUUGCAAUCCUCAUCCCUUUUCGCAAUCGCCAUGAACAUCUUCCAAUAUUUUUCCGACACCUGAUACCGAUGUUACAAAAACAGAGGCUGGAAUUUGCUUUUUAUGUUGUUGAACAGAUUGGAACACAGCCUUUUAACCGAGCAAUGCUGUUUAACAUUGGCUUCAAAGAAGCCAUUAGGGAUCAUGAUUGGGACUGUGUAAUUUUUCAUGAUGUGGAUCACUUACCUGAAAAUGAUCGAAAUUAUUAUGGAUGUGGUGAGAUGCCGCGUCACUUUGCCACAAAGCUGGACAAAUAUAUGUACAUUCUUCCAUACAAUGAAUUCUUUGGUGGUGUUAGUGGAUUAACAGCUGAACAAUUCAAAAAAAUCAAUGGAUUUCCAAAUGCUUUCUGGGGAUGGGGUGGAGAAGACGAUGAUCUCUGGAAUAGGGUUCACAAUGUAGGUUACAAUGUAACAAGACCAGAAGGAGAGCUAGGGAAGUAUAAGUCUAUUCCUCAUCACCACAGAGGAGAAGUUCAGUUCUUAGGACGAUACAAACUGUUAAGAUAUUCCCGAGAGCGUCAAUACAUUGAUGGGUUGAAUAAUCUAUUAUAUUCACCAACUGUUCUUGUCAGCGGAUUGUAUACAAAUAUAACUGUUAACCUUGUACCAGAACUAGCUCCUGUUCAAGACUACUAAUUAAACAACAGAAUAAAGCACUGGAUCAAAAAUUUGUAACACUGGAAAAUACUAAUUUGAUACUUUUAAGACCUCAAAUCAGGUAUUUCUGAUGACAUAAGAAAUAAAAGAGGUCAAAUGAUGUAUGUGUCAUUUGGUGAAAAUAAAUCCCAGUGGCUGCUACUUAAAAUGUUUACAUCGUGAAACUAAUCAGUGUUCAAGCCUUGUUUGAUCACAUUUUCUCAACUGAAGCCACACAUUUCAACUGUAGAAAACAGAUAUGUAGCUUGUUUAGAAGCCAGGAAGAAAUAUUUCUCCCUGUAAGUGUGUUUUCAACAAGCUGUAAUUAAAAUUAAGGUUUUAAUAUUUUCCACGUAAAUAUCAGUUAUAAACUAAUGUGCUUUUGAAUAGGGCAGCAUUCAAGGCUUCUGCAUGUUCUUGAGAGUUUUUGUGUUUGGUUUCUCCAGAUUUUCUUUAUGAGAUAACACAUGGAGUAAAACAUAAGCAAUUGAUUCUAAACAAAAAAAAAUUCUUUGAUUGGUUAUAAUGAGGAACCAAUUUAUAAGUGUUUGCUAGUGAAGACUGUAAACAGUUACUUUUGAGCUGCAGGCCUUCCAAAUAUAUAUGUGACUAUACCACUAAUCUUUCUAGGAAUAAUCUUUUAAUUUUUAUCCUAUUUAUUAUAAGAGCAAUGCUGCAAUGCUUGAAAUAAUAUUAUUUAUGCAUAUUGCAUGUAUAUUAUACAAAUCCAUCAAGGAUGUUGCAUUUCAUUAUGGUCCUUACCAUUUUCCAAUAAUGUUGGUGUCAGAUUUAUGUGUAAUCAAUCCAUUAAUUAAGAGUUUGUUUUGCUGUUUUGUAGGCCUUUUUUAAAAAAUAACAACACCCAACAACACCCUGAAACAAAACACCAGAAUUUCUUCCAGAAUAAAAAGAAUAAAAAAAGUAUAUUUAUUAGAAGAUUAAUGAGUGAUAAUGGGAAAGGAGUGUUGGUGGAAAGAUUACAUAUGAGUAGAAUAUUCGGAACGUUUUCCAUUAGUGGAGCUUCAUUCUCAUUAAAAUCAAUGGAACCUGUGUAACCCAAGGAGGGAUGUCUAGAAGGUAUCUCUCACACUACUUGCCAUUAGUGCAAAAAUAUCCCUUCUCUCUUUUUAAAAUAAAGUUCUGUGCUUUUUCUGCAACAAGCUAAGACUCUUCUCUUCAGGACUGCUUGAAGGGGCGAAGCAUUCUCACCAUUUCAUGGAGUUGUUCUGAUCUCCUGUUUUUCAUAUAGCUGGGGUUUGUAUGUUCAUCAGUUUCUGUGUAAUGGGUGAAGAUUGCCCUACAGCAUACUUUUUAUCAGCAUUAUUCAUAAAUAUCUUUGAAUUCUUGUGCAGUUAAUACCAUGUGAAAUGAAUCACACUUCCUGUUGUAGAUUGAAACAUGGGCAUUUAGAUACUGAAUGUUAUUAUUUUGCUGAAUAUUGCCAAGUUUCAGCAAUGGGAGAACCAAAGAAUUGCUUCUUUUCUCUUUAAAAUAAGGAAAGUGUGUCAAUAAGCAUUUGCAUCAAGAACUAAAAGAAUCCAAAUAAAAACACUAACUUUUUUUAGUGUUCCUCAGCAAUUAUGUUACAUCUGUUCUUGUUUCUUUUAAGAGCCUCAGUAUAAUAUUUUAUUCCAGGUUGCUCAUUAUUAGAUGUUAAAAAGCUACAUCUAGCAUUCCAAAUAAUUCUCAUUCUCUCUCUCACACACACACACAGAGCAGUUAUCUUACAGAAAUAAAAAUGGACAAAUCCUGCCUAUAAACUUGCAAUUUAAGAGGACAUGACACAAGCAUGCAAAAAGUAUUUAAAUUUAAUAUGGAUUUGUGCUCUUCUCCGCUCAUUCCCCAAUUCAUUUACAGAUGUUUGGACUGUCCUGAUUUAAUAUGUCAUAUUAUUUGAGUAAAUAAACAUUGCCAAUUUGAUGCAUAACUUUUUAUAAAGGUGUGUGUGUGUGUAUAUAUAUAAAAUCUCCUUUGUGCUUAAAAUUAUUUUUAACCUGCCAGAAAAUAAAAGCCCAAAAUAUAAUGUACCCCCUUUCUGCUUGAAUUUAUCUUAAUAUAGCAGAUCUUAACAUGCCAUGUGCCUUUAAAGUAGCUUACAAAUGAAGCUGGGAGCCAUUUUUUGUUCAGGACUUCAUUGUGAAACCAUUGACAAACUGAAUUUGCUCUCCAGUUUCCUGUAGUUUGCAAUUAAAAAUCCCUCUAACUUAGAAUGAGGCUUUCAACUUUAAAAAGAGAGUGUAUAAUUAAACUGAAGCAAUAGCAAUCAUGUAAUUAAGGAGUCUAUUUGGAAUAAUAAUAAUUUGUUUUAGAUUUUCCCCAAUCAUCCAUUCUCUAUAUUCCAAGCUAAAAUGAGAUACUGUUAAAAUAUCUGUAAUAAAUUGCUCUCUUUAUGCAAACUGUGAAUAAAAAGUACUUACAGCACAUCAGAAGAAGUGUACUUAAACAUUAUUUUACUUUUUCCAGGUUUGAGAUGCUUAUUAAAUGCACUGAAACAAAUAUUGGGAAUUGUAUAGAAUCAUGUAUGACUGAUCAUGUUGCUCAUUACAAUGUUUGUACUUUUUUAAUUCAUUGUCUUUUGAAAUACAGUGUUCUAAAGGCUAUGGUGUAGUGUUCUUUUUAGCUGCCUAUUUUGUUCUGAAGUU